AUGACCUGGAGGGUACUUUCACGCCCCCGGGUACCAUAUACCCUCCUUCAACAUCGAAGUUAUAUAAAAUCCCCGUCUUUGUUUUCAAUCCUGCAUCCUGCAUAUACGAUCUUCCGUCCUACAUCCCAUCUGUCUAACCGGCAACCGAAGAUUAUCGAUUCUGCCAGGAAAAUUGAAGAAGAAACACUCCCUGGCUAUGUCGCAGAGCGCUACUAUCCCGCAUAUAUUGGCCAAGUAUUUAAUUCGCGGUAUCGAGUUGUGACCAAGCUGGGCUUCGGAGCUACCUCGACGGUCUGGUUAUGUCGUGAUGUACGAGAGAACCGCUAUCUAACCCUAAAGCUCCACACCCGAACAAAUCACCCAAUUCGUGAAUUGCAAAUCAUGAAGCACCUACAAAGCAUCCAGCAAAGACACGGCGGCAAGAAGUAUAUACGCGUUGCAUUGGACUCUUUCCAAGUGGAAGGUCCGCAUGGAAUACACCAUUGUCUUGUUUAUGAACCUGCUGGGAUGGAUAUGAACGAGUUGCUGGAUGUCUUUGAAGGAACCCUACCCGUGGCUGUUCACAGGACUGCUAUUCGGAGUGUUCUUGUUGCGUUGAGUUAUCUGCAUAAGUCCAAUGUUGUUCAUACCGAUGUCCAACCAAACAACAUCCUCCUAAGCCUCGACAACGAUGACGAAUUCGUCCUCGACGAACUCGCGAACUCAGAAACCACCAACCCAACACCCCGCAAACACCUGCACAACCGCACAGUUUACACCUCCCGCUACAUGCCCAUAACAACCGGCGAACUCGUCCUCUGCGAUCUCGGCGAGGCACGAAUACUCCAACGUAACAAGAAGCAAGAUGGGCUUAUCAUGCCAAAUGCCUACCGAGCACCGGAAAUACUGCUUGAUAUGGAAUGGGAUGAGAAGGCUGAUAUAUGGGCGGUGGGGCAGACGGCAUGGAGUUUGUUCGAGAAAGGACAUAUAUUCCCAAACCGCCCCCUAGAAACAGAUCUCGACCACGCACAUCGCUUCGCAGAAAUGAUAUCCCUUCUAGGACCUCCACCAUUUGAGUUCCUUCGCCGGAGUGAGGAAAGUCUGAAGUUCUGGGAUGAACAUGGAAACUGGCGAGGCGCUGUCCCAAUCCCUGAGGGAUCACUUGAAGAUCGGGAGUGUCAGCUUGAAGGGCGUGAUAAGGUCGUUUUUCUGGGGUUUAUACGGAGGGCUUUGUGUUGGGUACCUAAGGAGAGGGCUAGUGCUCGGGAUCUUAUGUGCGAUGAGUGGGUUAGGGGGUGGUUAUAA